UAACCGAACGAAGUCGAAAUUAGUAGGAUGUGGCCUAGAUGAUGAAGAUGACUGGCAUCAGUUAAGGAAUGCUGUCCGCGCUACGAUUCAAGAAUCCCAGACAUCUUCGGUCGCAGAAACCGGAAUGUCGAUCGGCUGCAGAAAAGUGCGUUCUCCGUCACCUUCACCGCGGCCUCCACAACCAUCCCCAGUCUUUUCGUUUACGAACACCAUGCCGAAGAAAGAACAAGAGAAGCGAACAGAAUCGCCACAUCGGUUUCCGCUUUUACGAUCUGGAUCAGUUAGCAGGCCCACAACCCCAAAUAAGAGCCGAUCGACUACUCCGAUUUCAGCCAGUGCAAUGCAGCGGUAUCCAUCAGAGCCUCGAAAAUCAGCUUCGAUGCGUCUUCAAUCGGAAAAAGAUAUCCCCAAAGACAUCGAUCAGUCUCCCGGAAAAAGUAAGAGACUUCUCAAAGCAUUGCUUAGUCGUCGGAAAUCAAAGAAAGAUGAGAUGCUAUAUACUUAUUUGGAUGAAUAUUGAGAAAAGAGAACUUCCAAACGACUCCGUCGAUAA